AUGGAGGGAAACAACUUCAGAAAGAUAGUUACUGUCCCGGUUGCGUUGAAAGGUGGUUCAAACUACCUCUUGUGGUCUCGAUUGGUGAAGACUUCUAUUGGAAGGCUAGGGCUAUGGAGCCACAUCACUGAUGAUGGUCCGAAGCCAGUGGCCAAAGAAACUGAAGAAGGUGAAGAGGAAAAGACUCUCACCAAAGCUGAAGCAAAGAAGUGGGUGCAAGAAGACUUGAUGGUGCUCUCUGUGCUGCAAGGAUCUCUUGAUGUCCCUCUUCUUGAAGCUUACAGCUACUGUGAGACUCCCAAACACUUGUGGGAGACCCUCUUAAAGAUGUUUGGAAACGUCUCCAACAUCAGCCGUGUGUUUAAGCUGAAGAGAGCCAUUAACUCCAUGAAGCAAGAUGGAGGAGAGCUCACCAAACACAUGGGAAAGUUUGGAUCAUUAUGGUCUGAACUUGAAAGUCUAAGACCUAACACCACUGAUCAAGCAGCUCUUAUGGAAAGAAGAGAACAAGAUCAAGUGUUUGGGUUGUUGAUGACAUUGGAUCCUUGCUACAAGGAUGUCAUCAAACACAUCUUGAGAUCGCUUAACCUACCAUCCAUGGAGGAAGUAUGUGCGCAACUUCAGAAGGAGGAGGGAUGUCUUGGCCUGUUUGGAGGCAAGGGUGAGCUCACUAUGGCUCAUCAAGCUGAAGGAAUGCAAGUAAACAAGGCUGCAUACAGAGGCUCAGGAAGGAAGUAUGAAAAGCCACGCCGGUUCAACAGGGAUAGGGAAGCAAAGGCUCAUCUUUCUACUGAAGCAAAUGGUGCUGGUUCAUCCGGAGCUAGCUCAGGCGCUAAGGUGGGUGAAAGUGAAGGUAGAUCCUUGGCAUCUCAUCAACUAAUUGGAAAGGGUAUGGAUCAGGAGGUAUUCAAGAGAGCUGGCCUUGAAGCCUUCUUCAAAGCUCUUAAGGAGUCUGGUAACACUCUCAGAAACACCCUUGGAUACUCAUAUGCUGCUCAUACAUUGCCUAGUACUACUGAUAAGUUACUAGACAUUUUUAAGAGCUCUUACACUGCUGCUAGUAAUCCUAGUAAUACUGAUAAGUUACUAGAUAUGUUUAAAAGCGCUUACACUGCUACUAGUGAGCCGAGUAUAACUAGUAAGAUGAUACCAACCAGAAUCCUAGAGGAUCAGUCUCGAUUUGAGGUACUCAACAAGAGUCGACCAGUUCUGGAUCACUUGAGGACAUUUGGGUGUGUGUGCUAUGGAUACAAGUGCUUUGAUCCCACUGCUAGAAGAGUCUUGGUGUCUAGGGAUGUGAAGUUCAUGGAAGAUAAAGGGUAUUAUGAAGAGAAGAAUUGGGAGGAGCUUGAAGAGCUUUCUUAA